AUGGGAGUUUUAGACCUUCUUGUGAGACUCAAGCCGACCUCACGUAGACUUAGAAGUAUUCUUAUACUUGGUUUGGACAAUGCGGGAAAAACUUGUAUUCUAAAGAAAUUAAGUGAUGAUGACACCUCUAAAACAAUGCCGACACAAGGAUUUAAUAUUAAGACUCUUACAGCUGGCCGUCUUAAGCUUAGUGUGUGGGACAUUGGAGGUCAUCAGUCUAUUCGUCAGUAUUGGAGACAUUACUUUGGAGAGACAGAUGUUCUUAUAUUUGUUAUUGAUGCAGCCGAUUUACAACGAUUAGAAGAGGCACAAAAAGAGCUUCAUCACAUAUUGGAGGAAGAGAAAUUAAAGAAUAUACCAUUGUUAGUAUUUGCGAACAAACAAGACCUUCUGGGAGCUGUUUCAGCGGAUGAGGUCGCCACUAUUUUGCGUUUAAAUGAUGUUAAAGAUCGUAGUUGGCAUAUCCAGCCAUGUUCUGCAAAAACCGGGGAAAAUUUGGAUGUUGGUGUAGCAUGGAUAGUAGAACAGCUGGGAAAUAGUCAGCAGAGACGGUAG